CGCGUCCCCGCCGCCCCGAGAGCCGCCCCGAAAGCCGCCCGAGAGCCACGGGCCUCCGAGAGCCUCCUGCCGCCGCGUCCCCGCCACCGCGAGAGCCACGUCGAGCACGCAGCCCGCAGCGCCGCUCCUGAAGAGAAUGGAAGGGCUUCAGAGAAGCAGAUAUGGAACUAUGACUGAAGGCAGAGGGGAAGAUAACUGGUUUGCAACAUCGUCCUCACUGAGGAUCAUCCUGGUGGGCAAGACAGGCAGCGGGAAGAGUGCCACAGGGAACAGCAUCCUCUGCCAGCCAGUGUUCGAGUCCAAGCUGAGGAGCCAGCCUGUGACCAGAAAGUGCCAGGCAGAGACAGGGACCUGGGAUGGAAGGAACAUCCUGGUGGUUGACACACCCCCCAUCUUCGAGGCAGGGGCUCAGACCCAGGACACGUACAAGGACAUCGGGGAUUGCUACCUGCUCUCUGCCCCGGGGCCCCACGUGCUGCUGCUGGUGACCCAGCUGGGGCGCUUCACCGCCCAGGACACGGUGGCGGUGAGGAGGGUGAUGGAGAUCUUCGGGGAAGAAGCCAUGAAACACAUGGUGGUCCUCUUCACCCACAAGGAGGACUUGAUGGGCGAGUCCUUGGACAAUUACGUCGCAAACACGGACAACCAUAGCCUGAGGAGCGUGGUCCAGGAGUGCAGCAAGAGGUACUGUGCCUUCAACAACAAAGCCACCGGGGAGGAGCAGGGGGAGCAGCGGGCCCAGCUGAUGGCCGUGGUCGAGAGGCUGGAGAGGGAGAACCAGGGCGCCUUCCACACCAACAGCCUCUUCUUUGAAGCCCAGAUGCUGCUGCAAGACAGGGGCAGUGCCCACGGGGAAGAGCACAGGCGCUUCCUGACCAAGGUGCAGGAGUAUGUGGAAAAGCAACAGCGAGCCCUGAAAGAGAGAGGCAGUAACUGGGCCUCCAGGGUGCUCCUCAGAGUCAAAAACUGGGUGUUUUCUAACCCUGGGAUAUCUGCCUUCCUUGUUAUAUGCUUUCUGAUUUUUCUUGCCGUUUUAAUUAACUUGUGUAUUACUCAUGCACACUGAGCGUUUUCAGAUGAUUUCUGCAGUCAGCUAUAUUAUUUUUUGAGUCCCCGUCUCUGUCUGUGUCAGAUUCUUUAUAUGCUUUUUUACAUAAUUUCACUUCAGUUUCUCUUCCUUGCAUUAGACAUGCCAGCUUUUCUUUUUUUUUUUUUCAAGUGCUUUUAGGUAAAUAAAAUCCAAAGGAAAACAAA